AUGUUCUCCCCAAACCACACAAUGAUGACAGAAUUUAUUCUCUUGGGACUCACAGAUGACCCCAUGCUAGAGAAGAUUCUGUUUGGGGUGUUUCUCGUCAUCUACCUAAUCACGCUGUCAGGGAAUCUUUGCAUGAUUGUGCUGAUCCGGACCAAUUCCCGCCUCCAAACUCCUAUGUAUUUCUUCCUUGGCCACCUAUCCUUUGUAGACAUUUGCUAUUCCUCCAAUAUUACCCCAAAUAUGCUAUACAAUUUCCUCUCAGACCAGAAGACCGUCUCCUACGCUGGAUGCUUCACACAGUGUCUUCUCUUCAUUGCCCUAGGGAUCACUGAGCUUUAUAUCCUUGCUGCAAUGGCAUUGGACCGCUACGUAGCCAUUUGCAGUCCUCUACAUUACAGUUCCAGGAUGUCCAAGAAUGUUUGUAUCUGUCUGGUCACAGUCACUUAUAUGUGUGGCUUCCUUAAUGGGCUCUCUCAGGCACUGCUGACAUUUCAUUUAUCCUUCUGUGACUCCCUUGAAAUCAAUCAUUUCUACUGUGCUGAUCCUCCCCUCAUAAUGUUGGCCUGCUCUGACACCCAUGUAAAAAAGAUGGCAAUGUUUGUUGUUGCUGGCUUUACUCUCUUAAGCUCUCUCUUCAUCAUUCUUCUGUCCUACCUUCUCAUUUUUGCGGCUAUCUUGAGGAUGCAUUCUGCUGAAGGCAGGCACAAAGCCUUUUCCACUUGUGGUUCCCACCUGACGGUAGUCACUCUAUUUUAUGGAACCCUCUUCUGCAUGUACUUAAGGCCUACAUCAGAGAAGUCUAUAGAGGAGUCCAAAAUAAUUGCAAUCUUUUAUACUUUUUUGAGCCCAAUGCUGAACCCAUUGAUCUACAGCCUAAGGAACAAAGAUGUGAUCCUUGCCAUGCAACAAAUGAUUAGGGAAAUUUUCUUUCAUAAAAUUGCAGUUUAG